GUAACAGGAGGAGAGAGGGAUCAAGGCAGGAUGAAGAGGUUAUUUGUGCUUGUGCUGUCUCUCACCUUACUGAUUUUCUUCUCAGGGGCCUCCCCGAUUCUGACGGAAAAGCGGGCCAAACAGGUCCUGAGAUCCCGCCGCCAGGACAGGCCGAGCAAACCCGGGUUCCCUGAUGAACCCAUGUGGGAGUACAUGCACCAUCUGCUCCGUCUGGAGCACCGCGCUGAGGAGCAGUUCCUGGAGCACUGGCUGAACCCGCACUGCAAGCCCCACUGCGACAGGAACGUGGUCCAUCCUGUGUAAGCAGCUCGGACCAGCCCCCGCAAGCAUUUUGAUAAACAACGGCCCGGAUACUAUUGAAACAAGAUGAGGCUCCUUUCGUUUCUUUUUUCAGCUGUGGAAUGGACGUCUUCAGGUUUUGUGAAUUGUGGGCACGGCAAAGGUUGCCUUGGGGAUUGAUGGCCGAUAUUUAUGCUGCUUCAUUUGAUUAACCUGCACAACUCAUUAAAACCAAUCGCUUAAACUAUAGGCCCCCCUCCCUCCCCCGCAAUGGCCUUCCUACCGCUGUGGAAGGGUGAGAAGAAGGAGAAUCUUUCCUGGGGCUGGUGGAGCUGGGACCUCCAGAACAGGAGAUGGGUUAGCGAGGAAGCCUUGUUCAGCUAAGUAAGCACACCACUUGGGGCGGCUGGGGUUUUGGUCAUUGCUUUUUUUUUUUUUUUCUUUCUCUCCUUUUCUGCUCUAAUAAACACUGGUGUUAAGCCUGC